GACUGCUUCGCCACUAAGCAAGUAUUUCACAUUCACCUUGCUCGUUGCACCUAGUUUCUAAGACUCAACAUCCACACCAGACAGCUCUGAAUAACCCAUACACAACCCUCUCAAACAGAGCAAGAUGGUGUCCAGUUCAGAUAUUAGCUACUUGCGCCGUUCCGUGGAGCUCGCCCGUCAAGCCCUGGAAACUGGAAAUCCACCAUUCGGGUCCGUGCUAGUAAACGCCACGGGAAAUAUUAUCCAAGAAGACCACAACCGGACCGUUACCGAUGGAGAUGCCACACUACACCCCGAGCUGACAUUAGUCAUCUGGGCACAGAAGAACCUGACCCCGUCAGAGCGCGCUGCCAGUACAGUAUAUACUUCUGGCGAGCACUGCCCGAUGUGUGCAGCGGCACACGCGUAUGCGGGAAUGGGGCGGAUUGUAUACGCAUCCUCCUCGGCGCAACUUGGUCAGUGGAAGGAGGACAUGGGACAAAAGCCUGGUCCGGUUGUGUCACUUCCAAUUAAUCAGAUAGCCCCGGGUCUGUCUGUUGAUGGACCGGCUGCAGGCCUGGAUGAGGAGGUGUAUGAGUUGCAUCGGCUGAUACAGACUUAGCUACAGGGUAAAGACUAGAAGACAGCCACAAAACUCUAAGGAUAGUUAAUUUCAUAUACUCGUAUCUGACGCUACCUUUUACUAUGAAUUGUAUACAAAUCUACUCG